AUGUCAGACGGAAAGGAUCCCGUGAUUACGGAUAUUUUGCGCAAGAUUGAGAGAGAGAGAAACAUUGCCCUUGGAGCUAGCAAUUUGCGCAAAGAGACGUCCAAUGCGCUGGUGAUUCAGAAAUGCAACACCUCCAUCAGAGAGGCCCAGAAAAACAUUGAAUAUUUGGAACAAACGCUCAAGAAACUGCGGAUUCAGAAGAACGUUGCUAGUGACAACGACACGUCUGUGGCGUCCGCCAAGUCUGUUUCUGCGGAGAGCGCUGUUCCCGCGAGCGGUGAUGUCGUUCAAAAUAAACCCCAAAUCCACAAACCAACGUUUACUGUGUUGGAUUUGCUGAAAUACGAGUGUCCGUCGCUCGGCCACAGAAUACAGUACAUGUUGCAGCAGCUUGAGUUCAAGAUCCAGGUUGAAGAGCAGUACAGAGAAGCAAACGAAAAGAUCUACAAAUUGUAUCAGUUGGAAGGAGACCGCCGCAGUAUUGCCGCCGCCGCGGACGGCCGCAUCGAGGGUGAGCGCAAGCUUCAGCUGAUGCGUAAGGCGCUCAAACAGUACCAGUCGAUGUACAUUGACAUCGACGACGUGGCGCGUGAAAACGCCGUCAUCAACGCUUUCAGAAAAAACCCGCUGACCGGCGUUUUGUCAAUCACCGUGUCUACUGUGCGUAAUGUCGACCACAUGGCCUCGCCGAUGUUUACCAGAAACCCGGAGUCCAUUGUUUCGAUCAAGAUCGACGAUGUCGAGCGUGGUCGUACCAAGGGAUCAAGAAACGACCGCUGGAACGAGACGUUUGAGAUCGACGUCGAAAAAGCCAACGAGGCGGCAAUCACAGUCUACGACAAGUCGGGAGACCAUCUCGUUCCUGUUGGGCUCGCAUGGCUGCCUCUUUCCGACAUUGCAGAGGAGAUCCGUCGGAAGAAGGUCACUCAAGAAAGGGGCGGUGGCGACUGGAUGAUUGGGUCUGCUUUACAGCAAGGUCCAAAGAGCCAAGUCAGCUCUUCCACCUCCAAUUUGAGCGGGAAGUCCGAUUCCCAAGGAGAUCCUUCCGCUUCUGCCAACGAGUCUACAGAGGAUUCAACUACAGACACUAAAGUUGUUUCUUCCACCUGUUGGUUCGAGUUGGAGCCAACAGGACAGAUAUUGGUGACAAUUGGAUUCACUAAAGCAAACGAACACCAAAAGGGUGAGAGAUACGCCUUUGGUGGCGGAUUGGGCCGUCAUGGUGCUAUUCGUCAAAGAAAAGAGGAGAUCUUCGAAUAUCACGGCCACAAGUUCGUUCAAAAACAAUUCUACAACAUCAUGUGCUGUGCCGUUUGCGGCGAUUUCCUCAGAUAUACUGGAUUCCAAUGUGAAGACUGCCGUUUCCUGUGCCAUAAGAAGUGCUACAAGAAUGUCAUUAAUAAAUGUAUUUCUAGAACCAGUGCCGAUGCUGCUUCAGAAGAAACCAAACUCAACCACAGAAUUCCUCAUAGAUUUGAGCCAGUUGCCAACAGAGGUACCAAGUGGUGUUGUCACUGUGGUUACAUUCUUCCAUGGGGUAGAAAGAAUAUCAGAAAGUGUUCCGAGUGUGGUAUUUUCUGUCAUGCUACAUGUUCGCAUCUUGUGCCGGACUUCUGUGGUAUGUCCAUUGAGAAAGCCAGCCAGAUUCUUUCUGCCAUCAAGUCCACCCAGGUUGGCAAGACUCCAAAACCAAAAGCCGUCACUAAUAAAUCUUCUGCCACGUUGGCUACCGUUUCAAGCAAAGUUACUCCUUCGUUGACGUCUGAACAAACAAAAGUCGAGUCUGCUCCAUCGCAACAUUCAUAUCCAGAUGUUGCUGUCACGAAGCAGGCCUACCAGAAACAGCAAAAGAACGUUGUUCCAGACAAAUACGAAGAUAGACAGCUUCCAGAGAUCCCUGCCCCAGCAGCAGAGACUAAGCAAAACAAAGAGGUUCCACCGUUGCCAAUUGCGACCGAGCCUGUCACAGAAAAACGGCCGUCUACCAAGGACGGUGCUGUUGCUCACCACCGCUCCAAACAGCGCCGUCACCGUCACAGAUACGGACUUGACGACUUCAACUUUGUUGCUGUUCUCGGAAAGGGUAAUUUUGGUAAAGUUAUGUUGGCCGAGAGCGUUCACACCAAGAAGUUGUGUGCUAUCAAAGUGUUGAAGAAAGAUUUUAUCAUCCAGAACGACGAAGUCGAGAGCACCAAGUCUGAGAAACGUGUGUUCUUGAUUGCCAACAAGGGUAAACAUCCGUUCCUGUUGAACCUGCACCAGUGUUUCCAGACCGAGAACCGGGUCUACUUUGUGAUGGAGUACAUCACAGGUGGAGAUUUGAUGUGGCACGUUCAACAGAAACGAUUCUCGCUCAAGAGAGCACAGUUCUAUGCUGCCGAGGUUCUUCUAUGUCUGAAGUUUUUGCACGAGAACGGUGUCAUUUACCGUGACUUGAAGCUGGAUAACAUUAUGUUGAGCGAGACGGGUCACAUCAAGCUUGGUGACUAUGGAUUAUGCAAGGAGAACAUGUGGUAUGGUGAGAAGACGUCUACUUUCUGUGGUACUCCUGAGCUGAUGGCUCCCGAGAUCCUGAAGGAGCAAGGCUACGACAAGGCGGUUGACUGGUGGGCGUUCGGUGUGCUUUUGUACCAGAUGCUGCUGACCAAGUCUCCGUUCAAGGGAGAAGACGAGGACGAAGUUUUCAACGCCAUUUUGACAGACGAGCCAUUGUAUCCGAUCAACAUGUCGAAGGAGGCCGUUGACAUCCUGCAAAGACUGUUGACGAGAGACCCUGCCCAGCGUCUUGGAUCUGGCGAGGCCGAUGCUCUUGAGAUCAUGGCUCAUCCAUACUUUGCCAACAUCAACUUUGAUGACAUCAUCAACCUUCGGGUGACUCCGCCUUUCAUUCCAGAGAUCAAGGAUCCGCGCAAACCUGAGUGCUUCGACGAGGAAUUCACGUCGCAGGCCGCCAAGCUGACUCCGGUGAACAGUGUUCUUUCUCCGUCGAUGCAAGAGAUGUUCCGUGGAUUUACGUAUGUGAACGACGAGAACGCAAUUUAA